AUGACACACGACACUGCCACGCGCGAGUUGGAAUCAGCUCACCGCCAGCAGGAGGCUGAGCUCAGAGAGUUUAUUGACAGCCUGGGGCAGACUCACAAGAAGGUGCUCGAAGAACGAAUGCGAGCACAUGAAGAGAAGGAAGCAGCUCAGAAGGAUGCUAUUGGACUACUGCACCAGCAGAUUGCCGACAAGGGCUCAGAGAUGAGGAAUUGCCUGGAGAAGCUCCGGCAUCAGCAGAAGCUCCUCGAGGAGUCAGAAACCUCCCAUCGCAUCAAGGAGGAGGCAGCACAGACAGCCAUGGAGUCCUUGCAGCAGAAGCUGGCUGAAAAGGAGAUAGAGAUGGAGAACCGCGAAAGGGUUCAGCAGGCUGUGCUGCAGGACAAGGAGGCAUUCUUCCGCCAACAGGAUGGCUCCCUCAGGGAGAUGAUUGAGUCGUUGCGCCGCCAACUGGCAGAGAAGGAAGCGAACCUGCGGGAUACCUUUCAGUCAAUGCAGCUCCUUCAAAACACGGCGGGUGAGCAGCUGCGACUCGAGCAGCAGCGAGUCCACAAACUGGAAGCCGAGGUGAAAGAUCUCCGCGACCAGUUGGACGAGCUCCGCAGCAGCUCGCUGGCCGGCUCCCACAGAGCUGACAUGGCGGAGUCGGAGUUGGCGUCGUCGAGGCAGCUCGUCCAAGAGCUCCGCCAAGCGGUGCAGAGAUUGGAGGGUGAAAAGGAUCAGCAGUUUGAGAAAGCUUCUGAACGACAAGCGGCUUUGCAGGAGGAGAUCGUCCACCUCAGGACGCGCUUUGGUGGCCUUCAGCAGGAGAGUUUGGCAUCCUGCAAGCGUCAGCCGAUGCCAGACAAGCCCAGUGCGAGAAGCUUACCCAGCAGCGUGACUCAUUGGAGGUGGAGUUCCGCAGCUACAAGGACCAUCAUGGGACCAGCAACCAGCAGCAAAUGGAAGCCAUCACGGAGCUCAGACUUACAGUGGACAAGCUCAGCAAGCAGGUGGACUUCACAAAAGCCGAGCUGCAGGUUCAGAAGGGCAACGUUUCGCAGCAUCAAGGCUAUAUCAUUUCCUUGGAGAAUCAGCUUGCGCGUUCAGAAUGCACCCGUCGGGAGCUCCACAAUAUGA